UAACGUUAGCUUGCUUGCGAAAGAUCUUCCAUAAAAUAAAUACAGUUGGGGAUAAUUUUGAUAAUGUAUAAUUGGAUAGACAGUUUGUAUUAAUUUGAUUUCAGAACAGUAUUAAAUUAGAUGACUAACGUUUCGUUGUGCAGUUGCCCCCUUUCGCUUGGACGUAUCGCAGCGUGCAGUCCCCAACUCGUUUGCCUGAUCACGCCAGUCUGAAGGAUGGUUAAUGUUUUGAAAGGCGUCCUUGUCGAAUGUGACCCCGCAAUGAAGCAGUUUCUCUUGUACUUGGAUGAGACAUCGGCCCUGGGGAAGAAGUUCAUCAUCCAAGACCUGGACGACACGCAUGUCUUCAUUCUAGCGGAGGUUGUUCAGAUCCUGCAGGAGAGAGUGGGGGACCUGAUGGACCAGAACUCCUUUCCCAUUACCCAGAAAUAAACGGACAUGUCGUUCUACAUCAAAGAAACAUUACAACACUGGCUGUUUUUGAGUUUUCCUAAAUGCAAAGAUUUGACAGAUUGCACGUGAACCAUUAGUACGAAUAUGAAUGCCAUUCUCAGUUAAAUCAAUUGAUAGUUUUCCCCCUUCGUUCAACUAAAAAGCAGCAAAAUAAAAGCAGUAUUUUGCGGUCUGAGCACUGUAAUCCACUUUUUAUUUUAGCCGAAUGGCCGACUUGUUGAAUUUAUUUAGGUGGUCAUGUGAAAUUGCAGAUUCAUCAGACAUUUAUUUAAUCGGUUUGCUUCAUCGUGUCUUAACAAUUUAAUACAAAUGAUUUGCAAACAUGUAAGGGGUUGUUUGGUUUAUUUUAAUUGUGCUUAAUAAAAUGUUGGCGUAGGGUUCAGUUAAACCAC